AUGGAACUUGACCCAAAACAAUAUAAAAAGUUAUUUUAUUUAUUAUCAGAUAUGAGUAAUAAAAUUAAUAAGAAACUUACUAAUUAUCUUUCAACUAUUUUAGAUAAGCUUUGCAUUGAGAAAAAUCAAGAAACAAAUAUAAUUGAUAAAUUGGUUCAUCAGCAAAGUCAAAUAAGACAUAUGAAAAAAUGUCUAGUUUGCCAGAUCUCUAAUAUUGAUAAUAAGAAACAAGUUUGUCCUAAAUGCAAAAAUAAAUUACCAAUGCUUGCUAAGAUAGUCAACAAACAAUCUAAGAUUGUAAAUACUACUGAAAAAUCACCUAUUUCUCCUUACAUAUUUAAACAAUGA